CAUCCAAACGCCCACUCCACGGCUGGUCAAUGACCAAUAUUUUGGUCGGGCAGAUAAGGGAUCCAAACAAAACAGCCCCUGAACUUUCAGAGCAGAGCUCACUGCGGAGGGGGUCGCCGGCCGUGGGCGGAUGGCGCGCGAGGCGCCCUUGUGGCUUCUCCUGCUCUCGUCUGCUCACCUGCUCCUCCGAUGUGCUUCGGCGCUCGAUCGCGGCCAGUUCCCUCCUCCGACGAGCUUCCUCUUUGGGACAUCCACCUCUGCCUACCAGAUUGAAGGCGGAUAUUUGGAGGGUAAGAAAGGCCUAAGUAAUUGGGAUGUCUACACCCACAAGGAAGGCACAAUUGAGGAUGGAAGUAACGGCGAUAUUGCUGCUGAUCAUUACCAUCGCUACAUGGAAGAUAUUGAGUUGAUGCAUUCCUUGGGAGUGAACUCAUAUCGAUUCUCCAUAGCAUGGACACGAAUUCUACCAAGAGGCCGAUUUGGACAUAUAAAUCCAGACGGUGUAGCAUUCUACAAUGCCAUCAUCAAUGCUCUUCUGCAGAAAGGCAUACAACCAUUUGUUACGAUAUUUCAUUACGACAUUCCACAUGAGCUUGAAGAGCGAUAUGGUGGAUGGUUGAGUCCAGAAAUCCAGAAGGACUUUGGUUACUUUGCAAAAGUAUGCUUCAAGUUGUUUGGCGACCGAGUGAAAUUCUGGGUUACAAUGAAUCAGCCUAACUUAUUGGCAAAAUUUGCUUAUAUGGAUGGAUGGUUCCCUCCUGGUCAUUGUUCGAAGCCGUUUGGGAAUUGUGCCUUUGGAAAUUCUUCAAUCGAGCCAUACAUAGUAGGUCACAAUAUGAUACUUUCACAUGCAAACGCAGUGAGCAUUUACAGAAAUAACUAUCAGGAGACACAAGGUGGAUAUAUUGGAAUUGCUGUCGGCGCAAGAUGGUAUGAACCAUUGCGAAAUACCACAAUCGACCAACUAGCAGUUGAACGGGCUAUAUCUUUCAAUGUUCCAUGGUUUCUGGACCCUAUAAUUCUUGGUGAUUAUCCUGCAGAGAUGCGCAAAAUCUUGGGCCCAACCCUACCUGAGUUCACAUCAAAGCAGAAGAAGAAACUACAUGCAACAAAACUGGAUUUUAUUGGACUAAAUCAUUAUUCGACAUGGUAUUUGAAAGACUGCAUCUUUUCACCAUGUGAAAUGGAUCCUAUGGAUGGGGAUGCGCGAGCAUUGAGUUUAGCAGAAAGAGAUGGUGUGCUUAUCGGUAAACAGACAGGAGCACCAUUCUUUUAUGAUGUUCCACAUGGGAUGGAAAAGGUGGUCAUGUAUUACAAACAAAGAUACAACAACACGGCAACAUAUAUAACAGAAAAUGGUUAUGCUCAAGCAAGCAAUAGCAGUAUGACUGCUAAGGAUUUUACCGGCGACACAGAAAGAAUUAAUUACAUCAGUGGCUACCUCACUUAUUUAGCCUCGGCAAUAAGGAAAGGAGCUGACGUACGUGGUUACUUUGUGUGGUCUCUCCUCGACGACUUUGAGUGGACUUCGGGAUACAAGGACAGAUUCGGGCUCUACCAUGUCGACUUCAAGACGCAGAAGAGGACGCCAAAACUAUCAGCUGAAUGGUUCAGGCAGUUCCUCAAAGGUUCACUUCUGACAAGAGAACUCCAAAAUGGAUCCCAGCUGCAGCUCUACUAUACUUCCUGAGCUACUGAUGGUUCUUCUCCCCGUGCUUCAAUAUCAUGUAAAAUCGUACCUUGUUUCCCUGUGCCUGAAUACUAUGCAAGGUCGUGAGUUGCAAGACAUCUUUAUGUGUGUGAAUAAAUGUCGAAUAUGCAGGUUGUUAUUGUAAGGAUGUAGAGAUAUUUAUGUUUGUGAAUAGACCAUGCAUGGCGCAGCAUUUACCCAA